AUAUUUCUUACAGUGUGUCCUUAGAUUGUAAUAUCUAUCUAAUCCUAAUAACAGAUAGUAGCUGAUUAUAGGAAAUUAGCUGGAGUGAAAUUAGUGAUCAGUAUAAAUUUGACUUGAACUUUUAUACUUUUUUUAUUGGACUCUUGUAGAGAAUUGCAUUUUGGCACUAUUCCACAAUCAAUCAAAUUCCUUCCUCAAUGACACUUAAUAAACAACAAGUGAGCAAAAAGCUGAAGAGUCCUGUAGAGCUUAAAAAAAUUCAACACAAUCUCACAGGAAUUCGUAUGUAUUUUACGUGGUGGGUAAUCCGUAUGAAUUUGUAUGAUCUUAUUUGUACGCUUUAGUACAAUUUGCUUUCGACAAUUUACAAUUUAAGUCUUCACUGACAAACAUUAGGUUUAGGGGUGGGGUUAAGGGAGGGGCUUCAGUAUUGAUUUUUGUAAUAAUCGUACGUUUUGGUACGAUUCACUUCGUAAGAAUUCAUACGAAUUAGACACCUCGUAAAAUCGUUACAAAUUCAUGUGAGAUCAGGUUGAUAAUUUUAUAGGGAUCCGCAAAUUGUAAAGCUAGUUUUAUGUGAAAUGCAUGUUCUUUCCCAUUAUAUUGAAUUGAGGACUCUGUGGGGUGAUAUUUUUGAUAUUUGUAUUUGACACACUCACAUAACGCAGAUUUGUUGGUUCAUUUGCAGAGUAUUAAUAUAAUCUCACCCUGUGGUUUUCAAAGCUCUUUGUGUUUCUAUUUCCUUUUACUUUCAUGUAAUUUCCCUCCUGCUAAUCAUUUACAAUUCAGUGUUUGCAUUAGCUGAUUCAUAACCUUUGAGUUAUGGUUUGUGAUUCCAAAGCUUCUGUAUUCAUCAAAUUCAAUGUGAAUGUAGUUGAAAGCAUGAGGCGUUUAGAAUCCACAGAGGAAUGCAUUGAGACUGAGUGAACAGUGGAUCAGUGAUUUAAAUCUUCACUGAUUAGCCGUGGAUUAGCCUGUUCAAUUUCUAAUCCAUAGCAAUGCACUGUAGCUCUCGCUAAAAUGCAAAGCAACAUUGUCUUUCAUUGCAGUGUUUGCAAACAACUCCAGAGGGAAGUCAUAUUUCGAUUUUAGACUGUUUUCAAGAUGUCCAACAUUUAUACUCUGAGGUAAAUUUUGAAUUGCUUUCAUGGAGCGUGUUACAAAUGGCAUAAUUUCAUACAGAUGUUCACUGUAUGUUAUUUUACGUAAAUCAACAGUUCAUGAUUCAUAUUUUGUUAAGACAUUCAUAAAAAAGUCUGGUAAGGAUCGUGCACUUUAUGCUUUAUAUUUCAUUUGUUUACUUAUUCAUUUGUUUUAGGGGAAUAAUUGUUAAACUUGUCUUUUGUUGUUCAUUAUAUGUUGCUUAUUUCUUUUUUUUCGUAAACGAGAUUUUAUUAUUGCACAGAGAAUUUGUCUGUGGCCAGUGGUCAUCUAGCAUACGACUUGAUGGUAAAACAGUCAUUAUCACUGGAGCAAAUACUGGCAUUGGGAAAGAAACCACAAGAGACCUCGCGAAACGCGGGGCCAGAAUAAUAAUGGCUUGCAGAGACCUUGACAAAGCAGAGAUUGCACAGAAAGAGAUCAUUGAAGAGUCAGGAAAUCAAAGCAUAGUCAUCAGAAAACUGGACUUAUCUGACACCAAGUCUAUCAGUGAAUUUGCUGAGGUAAUCAACAAGGAGGAGCAAACACUUCACAUUCUCAUUAACAAUGCUGGGGUCAUGAUGUGCCCAUACUCUAAAACAGCAGAUGGCUUUGAGAUGCAGUUUGGUGUCAAUUACUUAGGUCACUUCCUGUUAACAUCUCUGCUGAUUGACCUGCUGAAGAGAUCCGCCCCCUCGAGAAUCAUCAACCUCUCGUCCAUGGCACAUAGCUGGGGCACUAUAAGACUCGAUGAUGUCAAUAGUGAGAGAAAUUAUCACAGCAGAAGGGCUUAUGGUCAGAGUAAAUUGGCCAUCAUUCUCUUCACUCGCUCCCUGGCCAAAAAACUCAAGGAUACUGGUGUAACGGCAUAUGCCGUUCAUCCAGGAGUUGUGCGAACAGAACUCAAAAGGCACAUGAAUCUUGGACUCCUUAUCAUGUGGAAAGUUGUCAGACCUUUCACAAAGACCCCAGUGCAGGGAGCACAGACCACCAUCUAUUGUGCAGUACAACCAGAAUUAGACAAAGAAAGUGGUGGUUACUAUAGUAACUGUGGACCUUCAACGUGCACGAGAGCAGCUAGAGAUGAUGAAAUGGCAGAGAAACUUUGGGCGCUAAGCUGCAGGAUGCUGGGAAUACUCUGGGACUGAAUGCAAUGAGCAUUUUUUUUUUCAUUUCUUUACUUAAAAUGAUUUGAUUUGUAAUAUGGUCAGGUUGUCUGAGACUGAAGCCUGUAGUCUUUUCUAUGAUGCGUUUGUUUGAAGCUGCAAUGCGCUUAAUCCACAGAGCAACCCAACAUCAAUAAUCCAAGGAAGUUUGAUAUCCCGUUAUUGUGCCAACUCUAUCAAACUAUAGACGAUGUAAAACACUUAUAUAAUAAAAUGUUGCUGUAACAUAAUUUAUAGUGUUAGAGAUUUGUGGUACAGAUGUCUACAGAGUUGUGUGAUAUAAACACAAUGCAUAAAAAAUUAAAGUAAUAUUCCUUUUUCAGUAACUUGUUUCAUUUCAUAGUUUGCAUAAGACAUAUCUUUUGAAGAGGUGUUAAAUGUAUAUUUUAUUUGAUCU